CGGCAGCUAAUGGACAGAGGAGACACUCACCUGGAGCAGGACUGUCCUCCACAGAUUUCAGUGUAUCUGCUGAGACAGAGGCUAUCAUGAAGAGUCUGAAGGCAAAGUUUAAAAAGAAUGAGAGUCAGGACUGGACCAAGAGUGAUGAGAGACUCUUGCAGGCUGUGGAGCAGAAUGAACCUGACAAAGUCUCUGCUCUCAUCAUCAAAAAAGGUCUCUGUCCCACCAAGCUUGACACUGAGGGCAAGUCAGCUUUCCACGUCAGUGUUUCCCGAGGCCGACUAGAAUGUCUGGAGGCAAUCAUCUCUAAUGGAGCAGAUCUCAACAUACCUGAUGGUGCUGGCUUCAGCGCCCUCCACCUUGCGGCCAAAUAUGGUCAGUCAGAGUGUUUGAAGAGAUUGUUACAGGAGAGGUUGGCAGUAGACUGCACCGACGGCAUCGGCAGGACACCACUUCACCAUGCUGCGGUCAGUGGCUGCUUGUCCUGUACUGAGACGCUGUGGGAUUUUAAAGCCAAUCUGGAUGUCCAAGACAGUGAAGGUUCCACGCCUCUGAUCUUAGCAGCACAGAUGAGCAGAGUAGAGCUUUGUGUGUUCCUGUUGCAACGAGGUGCCAAUGCAAACAUCCAGGACAACCAGGGAAGAUCUGCAUUAAUGCUGGCCUGUGAGAGUGACAGUGUUGAGACCGUAGAGGCACUGCUGAGAGGCGGAGCUAACACACAACUGGUUGACGCCCUAGGACACAAAGCCACCGACUACAGUGCAGCCAUUGGCAACCAGCAUGUGGUACAGAUGCUGCGGGACGGAGUACCUCCAGCUUCUGAGGGCUCGGGUGAGGAGCCCCCCCAAGUCCCCUCAGGCGCCUCAUCAGUGCAAGGGGGGACUACCCCCCGCAAACGGAAAGCUCCGCCACCACCCCGUUCUCCUCUACAGGGUUUUUCACCCUCUCCACAGCUACCGAGUCCUGCUCCCCGAGGCAAGUCCCCUGAACCUCAGUCUCUCUCCCCGUCUCCCCAGCCUCCAGAAUCACAGCUAUCAGCCCAGGUGGAAGACGAGGAGGUGUUUGAGGAGAUCCGACGGCUCCGUCUGGAAAGAGGCCGUCUGCUCCAGAAGAUCAAAGCCUUUGAGCAACAGCAGCAGAGCGCCAUCUCUGCCUUGGAAGAGUUGUCCCACCUAAAGCAGCGUCUCACUGAGGCGGAGGCAGAGAGAGACAAGCUGCUCGAGGAGCUGAAGGGAGGUCACGGUUUAGGCGCCAGUGACUCGGAGGACAUGGAUGAAAUGUUGGACUUCACUGAGAAGCUGCUCUCCAAGCGCUCCAGAGCCUCCCCUGCUCAGGACGAGGACACCGAGUCAGCCAGUUCCUCCCCUGCCCCUGCAGACCCAGGAACGGUUGCUGAGCUGCGUAAACAAAUAGAGAAGCUCACCUCACAGAACUCUGAGCUAGUUCUUAAAGUACAGAUGUUGGAAAUGUUUGAGAAGGAUGAUACAGACAUGCAGACCUCAAGCCCAGACUCCAUCCCUUUAGUCCAGUAUGAGACCCUGAGGAAGGAGUUUGAAAUCCUGCAAGAGCGCUUCUCUCAGGCCAAAGCUUCAGUCGAGACUUCCCGUGUGGCAGAGUGUGGUGAUGACAGGUCUCAGCGAGGAAGCACAAACGCAGAGAGCACAGACGCCUUAAAGGAGAAGCUGCGUGUGCUGGAAGAACAGUUGGCCUCCUCCCAGUCUGAGCUGGAGGAGCUGAAGGAGCAUAUGCGCCUUGGGGUGCUCUCUGUGGAGUGUGCUGAGGGGGAUACAGACGUGGCAGGUGCUAGGUCUGAAGGAGGGUCUGGAGCUGCAGAGGAGGGUGCGAGUAAAGAGGCACAGCAGCUGAGGGCCAGGGUGACGGAGCUGGAGGAGGAGCUUGCUAAAACACAGGGCGAGGACGGGGGUCAGAGCAGCCAGGACAGUAACACAAUCAAACAGCUGACAGAGAAAUUAAAGGAACUCCAGGCUUCUCUGGCACAAAAAGAGUCUUUGAGAGACGAGGGGGCGAAAGACGGCGAAAGAAAAGAGACUGAAAUAGUGAAGGGCCUUCGUGACAAAGUGGCUGAGUUGCAGGCAGCCCUGGCAGAGAGCAGGCUAUUGGGGAAAGAGGGAGGAGCAGCGGGAGAUGGAGAUCAGGUUCGUCGUCUCCAGGAGCGCGUGGGAGACUUGGAGGGGCAGCUGAGGACGUGUGUGCCACGCACCGAGCUGGAGGAGGUGCAGGUGACUCUGGGCCUCCAGUGUGAGCAGCUGGCCAGGGAAAGGGCAGACGUGGCCCGGAGGCUAAACGAUGCCCUCCUGGAGCUGGAGAGAGUCAGGCCUCCACAACGUGGCGAUGAUGACGAGGAGGAGGAAGAUGAGGAGCACUCCUUGAGCUCAGAGCCCUCAGUCAUAUCAGAUCACUCGAGACGCACCUUGGCAGUAGUGAGAGAAGAACUGGAGGUGGCAAGACAGGAAGCAGCCCAGGCUCUGGAUUGCCUGUGCGCAGAGCGAGAGGGCAGGGCACAGGAAGCGCUGCACCUCAAAGAUGCAGUGUCUCUCUCGAAGCACAGAGAGGCAGUGUCUGCAGUGUCAGAACAGCUAGCCCAGACAUUACAGGAGCUCCAGGAGGAGAAAAGUGUUCGUAGAGAGGCCGAGGAGCUGGCUGCGUCACUAGAGGCCAAACUGCAGACCAUACAGGAUGCCAUAUCCAGAGAGGAGCAUGAGAAAAUAAAGGCAGCGCUCCAGCACUCCCUGCAGGCCAGUGAGAGCAGUGCAAAAGCAAUGCAGGACGCUCUGACUGAGAAAGAGAUGGAGCUGAGAGAGCUGAAGUCUCAGAAGGCGGCAGAACAGGGUCUGAUCUCUAAGGAGGACCACGAGGCCCUGCGGCUCGCUCUGCAGGCCGAGAUCAACGCCGCCACGGCACGUUUCAACGACCUCACUCGCAAACAUGAGAAGACGUGCACUGAGGUGUUCCAGGUGCAGAGGGAGGCUCUCUUUAACAAGAGUGAGCGGCAGGUUGCAGAGACCCAACUGGCCACAGUGCAGCAGCAGCUAACUGAGCUAAAGGCACAAUCGAACCACGUCCAGGAACUCCAUAAGAACAUCCAGGAAUCCCAGGGCCUGGUCAAGGAGAAGGACCGUAAGAUAACAGAGCUGUCCAAGGAGGUGUUCCGCUUAAAGGAGGCUUUAGGAGCUCUCUCGCCUCCUCUCGGCAUCACAUCCUCCUCCUCAUCCAUUCACCCUGGCAACCCUGGACAGCAAAUGGCCCUGCAGAACAGAAUCUCUAUACUGAACCAGCAGCUCCAGGAUUGGGAGAGAAAGCAUAAACAGGUGGUCACUGUGUACCGUUCCCAUCUGCUGGCAGCUGUGCAGGGUCGAAUGGAUGAAGAAGUGCAGCAGCUGCUUCUCCAAAUCCUGAGGAUGACACAGCAAGGACACUAAGGACUGAAGAGGCCUCUUGGAUGAGAGGUGAAAUGUCUGCAGCUAAACUCAAGCAUGUCUAAUUGCCUAUAUCUACAUGUCUCUCUAUGCAUCCUUCUUCACGGUGAAGCAGCUCCGUCUAGAAAGCCAAAUACAACUGAUCUGUGAUCACACAUAGCUGCAUGCAUAUACAGUAAUACAGUCACCCAAACAACAGAGCUUUGACUGAUGUGGAGUAGUUCUGCUGUAUGUUAAUUACAUAUCAGGGAUUUGUGGCAAAAAGUGAAUGUGAAUGCAGAUGUUGGUGUUUCAUAGAAUCAGAUGCACUGGUUGUGUGACAAGGGAAUUGAUUUUUAUAUUAUGUUGUUAUAAUAAAAAAAAGAAGAAAAAGAAACUGUUUUGCUUUUUGACCCUGCACAAAUACCACUGAUUGAACACCAUUGUUUUUGAAAGCAGCAGCUUCUACACUGUGUCUCAUAGCUAUUUUGAGUGAUGGAAAUCUGAGGCAUGAAUUUGGCUUUAGCAUGUGUAUUAAAGGUUGCACAGC